CACGCUCAUGCAUUGAUUGGCUCCCACGGAGCCCGCACUUGCCUCCGUCAGCGUCGUGGCCACCCGCUAGCCAUCGCUUUAUUGGCUGGUGGUGGUGGUGGUCGUGCUGUCGGUACCGAAUUGAGACGAUUGACUUGCAUAUUGAAAAUGGUUCAUUCUCACCGUAGAGGUGUACUAUCUGCAUCCAUCCUUAUCCCCACUGGUACCUGCUUGGGCUCCGCCUCCUUCCUCUGCUUUAAGUGCUUCUUUGCUGCUUUAACAGAAACUCGGAAUGAUGAUCGAGCGCCUCUUGUGUCGAUCACCUCACUCUACGCACCCACACGGAAGGAUGGAAAGAUGAAGGAGGCUGACGCGGACGGUGAGGUGCACACCUUAGAAGUAGCACUGGAUCGCAACGUUACUGGCAUGAAGAUGUGCAAAGGCAUGUACAGAUGUUUGUACGGAUUCACUGCGACCCUUAACAUUGAUGCAGAUGUAGGCACACUUUUCCUCGUUCCUUCAGUUGUUCUAUCCAUCCUGGGUAAUCCUUUGGGCACAGAAAAUGAAGAUCUCCCUCAAUUGAGUCCCCUUCUGCCAAAUUUCCGCCGAACGCCUUCUAAAGAUGAUGAUGAUGAUAAGUUUAAUCUUUUGGACAUGACACUUGGCUCGAGGGCUGUCAAAUCAGGCUCGCGUAUUACUCACAACGAGAUCAGUAGCGGAUGGCUCAGUGACAUUCGCCCUGCGCAGAAUUGCUAUGAGCAGAAUGUUGAAAUCACAAGGCCCAGAGACAAGGUGGAGGAGCCUGUUGCCACCUUGUUCCCUUUCUGUGAGUACCAUGACAACCAGGAGUCGGAUAUCGGACCAUUGCGAUUCCAGGCCCUUAAGGACAUUCCCAUCGGAAGUGAAUUGUUGGCUUGGCCCGACCUUUUACUGGGCCUCUCAAUCGGCUUGCCCUUUUUGACCAUUCAACACAUAAAAAGUCCCACAUGCUACUGUUGCCCCGAGUGCGGCCUCGACUUCGCUCAGCCAAAUGCUCUCAAAUCGCACCUCUUCCUGGCGGCUUGUGGGGUAAGCGAACAGGGAAUGGAGAGAAACAUACAGACAGGAACGCUUCGGUACACCUGCACUUUCUGUGGAAGACGCUAUGCCCGACGCUACAGUCUUGUGAUCCACCAACGCACCCACACUGGUCACAAGCCCCUCGCCUGUCGCGUGUGUGCUCGACGCUUUGGAGACCCCUCAAAUCUGAACAAGCAUCUACGGACUCAUGGAGUGGGAGUAGGAGGUGGUGAUAAUAGUGGAGUGCGGAAUCCUUACGUCUGCGGGACCUGUGGAAACAUAUCCGCAAGAAGAAGAGACUUCGAGAGGCACAUGAAACGUAAACACGAAGCCGAGAGAUCUUGA